GGUGCAGUUAAAUAGAGGGACACCAAAUCGUUGGACUCAUCUCUGAUCUGUCCCUCCUGCCUGUGCUGUUGUUGCAUCUCUUUCCUGCUUCGGACACCGAGAUCUCAUCAGCAAGAUGCCUGAGCAAGUGCAAGAGAGGAAGCCAAAGAUCUCAGCUUCCAGGAAGCUGAUGCUCAAGAGUAUGAUGGUGGCAAAGGCCAAGGAGGAAUUGGAGCAGGAGGUCGUGGUUAAAGAGGAAGAGAAACAGAACUACCUGUCAGAGAGAGCUCCUGCUCUAAACACCGGCGGUCUGAGCCUUGCACAGUUACAGGACCUCUGCAAAGAGCUCCAUGCCAAGAUAGAUGUGGUGGAUGAGGAGCGAUAUGACAUCGAAGCCAAAGUCACGCUCAACACACGUGAGAUUAAAGACCUGAACAUCAAGGUGUUGGACCUCAGGGGGAAAUUCAAGAGACCUAGUCUCCGUCGCGUUCGUGUGUCUGCUGACGCCAUCCUCCGCUCGCUGCUGGGCUCCAAGCACAAAGUCUCCAUGGACCUCCGGGCCAACCUCAAGUCUGUCAAGAAAGAGGACACUGAGAAGAAGAAGACGGCAGAGGACAGUGACUGGAGGAAGAACGUGGAGGCCAUGUCAGGGAUGGAGGGAAGGAAGAAGAUGUUCGAUGCUGCUAAAGGUCCCGCCCCGUGAACCCUGAAGGUGAUUGGGCUGGUGUCAUGUGAGCGGCAUCACAUACGGCCUCUUGCAGUUUCUGCAUUUAUGUUUAAUGCUGCCAUUGUUGUGUAUGUUCCUGCCAUGCCCCCACACUCCUGAAAGGUUUUCACCACUUUCCUUAAGAACGGAUCUGUUUGCUGUUUGUUAAUAUAGUGUUAAAAUGACUUCAUCUAUGUGCUACUAUCUGUAUUGUUCUCAUAACUAAUAUUGCACCUGAACCAUUGUUGCACCACAACAAAGUAAAAAAAAAAAAAGGCAGCUUGUAUCUCUAGAAGACAAUUGAGGAUAUUAUUGUAACAUACUGUAAUCAGCAGGCCAAAUGAUUUUAUAGCAAAUAAUAAUAUGAUCUGACCAAAUUAAACUGCAUCUUUGAUAUUCUUGCUUGGUGAUAAACUGUAAGCAUGGCCUGGGGUUUUUGUGAACUGUAACAAAAUGGUGUGCACUUCAACAGCUGGAUUUACAAGAACAAAAACAACAAUAAAACACAAAAAAAUGUA